CAGCAUCUCAUUAAUCGUAAAUCAAUGUAAUUCGAGUAAACGAAUAAGGCGACUAAUUAAUUUUAUUUAAUUACACAUCGAAGAAAAUGUAUUGGACAGAAAAAUGUUUGAGGAUUGCUGCAAUAUGCCAAGCGAUUAUGGCCUGCACGGUUGAUUGUAUGGCGAUAAAUACAGCUGAGAAAAUCGAAGAAAACAUGACAGACGAAAUAUUUUACAAUUUUUUGAGGUAUCCAUGCGAUAGUCCUUUUAAUUUCACAAACGCUUUGUCUCAAUUGAACAUCUUCAAGAAGGGUUUGGAGGAAAACAUUCAAUGUUUCAGAAUCUCAAGAGAUGUACAUUAUAUUAAAACGUGCCCUGAUGGUUCGCGAAUUAUAAAAAAGUUGGAAGAAAAGAAAAUGAUUAGCAUUUUCAGCAAUCAGUUUCAAAAAUACGCGAUAUUCAUUCACAACGUGAUCAAAUCCAUUCCGGACUGGGACGACAGGAAGCGGUGUUAUAAGAAUCUCCUGGACAACAUGAAGGCAGUAAUUUGCGAAUUUUUUUAUCAAAAAAAGUUCGUUGGAAAAUUGAAAGGCUACAAUACCAAAUGCAUACCGAAAAUUUGGGAUAUGACGAUUUCGAACGCAUUCAGUCAACAAUUCGUGCAAAGUUUCGAGUACUUUAUCUACAAAUCUAGCGAAAUUUUAGAUCGCAUCGAUUAUUACGACGAAGAUAGUAUCUAAAUGAAAUAUGUUAUUAAGG